UAGAUCGAGAUCAGCAGUGCACAGAGCAACAUCGGUGGCUCUGUGCUUUCAUGACAUGGCAACAAAAAUCAUCUACUUCACCGUGAAUGGGAGACCAGAGCAGGCCGAGUUCCCGGUGGAUUGUUCUGCCCAGGAUGUCAAAGAUCUGUUCCGCUCUGCAGCCGAGGCCGGACCCCACGACAUCCUGAAGCUGUACAACCCCAAAGGCAACAUCAUCAACAUCUCCCUGAGUCUGGAGCCCAACAGCCCAAACUGCUGCUACAAGCUGGAGGUGGUGGCCGCCGACUGCAACAGUGAGCCCUUAGGUGCGGAGCUCGCCGGUGCACUCGGAUUUGACCUCUCCUCUAUGGAGAAAAGACUGCAGGGCCUGGAGAAGAACAUCCUGAUCGAGGCUGGCGAGACUCCUGCAGUUGUGUAUGAGAUGAAGAAGCAGGUGGAGUCCUUCCAGGAGAAACUAGAGAGUGUGGAGCACCUGAGCUGGCUGGGACUGUUUAAAAACCUGUCCGAGGGAACGCACAAGCCCUCCCCCUUCUACCACAAGAGAACCCUGCAUAAAACCAGGAAGGAGUGCGAGCAUGUGCGGGAAAAGUUUCUACAAAUGAGCUCCCUGAAGGUGUCCGAGGAAGUGAGGCAGUACUUAAAGACCCCAACCUUUGACAACUGGCAGUGGGAGGACGCAGAGAUCAUGGUGCUCCUGCAGGUCAUGUACACCGAUUUAGAUUUCAUUGUGGCCUUCAACAUCGAGCCCGAAGUGCUGCAACAGUUCCUGUUUGAGAUCUACCGAAGAUACAACAACAUCCCUUUCCACAACUUCAAGCACUGCUUCUGUGUCACCCAGAUGAUGUACGGUUUGAUCUGGCUGACGGACCUGAAGAGUAAGAUGGACAGCGUGGACCUGCUGAUCAUGCUGACCUCUGCCGUCUGCCACGACCUCGACCACACGGGAUACAACAACGCCUACCAGAUAAACGCUCGGACUGAACUCGCUCUCCGCUACAACGACAUCUCUCCUCUGGAGAACCACCACUGCGCCGUAGCGUUUGAGAUCCUGGAGAAGACAGAGAGCAACAUAUUCAGAAACCUGUCCAUGGAUCAAUACAAGAGGAUACGAGAAGGGAUCAUCAAAUGCAUCCUGGCCACUGACAUGACGAGGCACAAUGAGAUUCUCAACCAGUUCAAGGCCAUCCUGCCAGCGUUUGACUUCACCAACAAGGACCACAGAGAUGUGCUGAUGAUGAUCCUGAUCAAAGUGAGCGACAUCUCCAAUGAGGCACGGCCCAUGGAGGUGGCUGAGCCCUGGCUGGACUGUCUCCUGCAGGAAUUCUACAACCAGAGUGAUAAGGAGAAGUUAGAGGGUCUUCCUAUCACCCCCUUCAUGGACCGGGACAAAGUAACCAAGCCUUCAUCUCAAACUGGCUUCAUCAGAUUUGUCCUUUUGCCUCUCUUCAUCGAGCUGGCCAACCUCUUCCCCUGCUUGGAGCAACACAUCAUCGACCCGGUACGGAAGGCUCUGGAUUACUACACGGAGAUGGAGAAGGCGCUGGAGAGGGAGAAACAGAACCGGGCUCAGAGUGACAACGCAGUGAAGAGCAAGGAGACGACAGUGGGCCCACAGAGCUAACAGCCACACGGAGGCGGGGCCUGGAGCCUCGGAACCAGAACCACAGUGAGCUUUGGUCCAACUACUGGGCAGGGCGUCUUGUCUGAAGAUUGUAUGAUUUUAGACUGAUUUAAAUGUAUUUCAGCCACCUGAUUUUGUACUUCUACUUGUUUAUUUACCGGGAUAAGCACAAGUACUGUAUGCUGUUCUGAUCCGUUUGUGUUGUAGUUUUGGUGGAUGCAGAAUUAAAUGGAAUGCGAUGACGUGUAGCUAAUUGUUAGUCCAUGAGCUAAAAACUCAUUUUUUAACAGUAAUAUUUUUUUGUAAGUAUUGUUAAGGUACAGUGCAACAUAUUUUCCUAAAUUAUAUUUUAUGACAAACAUUUUUUUCUUUAUAGAAUAAAAUAAAUAAGUGACACAUGGUCAUGUUUACAGGUCAAACAUCUUAAGCAUCACAUUUUGUUUUACUCUGGCAGAGAAAAUUGCAUUUUUUAAGAAAUAAAAUGUAAUAUCAUAAAAUCUCCCCUGUGGGUUUUGGAAGAAAUAAACUGUAUAUACUGUUAGCUGGUUUGGUUGCCUUGUAUCCGCAGAUAAUGUGCAGGAAAUAAAACACACCAGAGGCCAUCUUGAGAUGGGAUGACAUCAUGUGCCAACAGGGCAAAGUGGGGAGGGUUAUUUAAUAUGUAACAGUAUCUUAAAAAACAAUUACACAAUAAUAGACAUGUACUUAUACUUUUCUACAUUGUAGCGCUUUUCUACACUGUAAAAAAACAACCUUGGGAAAACGUAAAAUAUCAAAGCAACAUGAUGCAAUGACUUUUGUAAGUGUAUAACACAUAUCCUACUGAAGCCAUAACAACCCCAUUCAUGUGACAUCACUGAAUAGAUGAAAAAAAUGUUAUGUUGAUAAAGAA